GCCCCGCGUCCCCGCCUGCUACUGCUAGAGAGCGUUUCCGGGUUGCUGCAGCCGCGAACAGGCUCCACCGUUGCUCCCGUGCAUCCACCAGCCCGCUCCGCCCCACAUUUGCCGGGGCUCAUGUGCCUAUUGCGGCUGCAUGGGACGGUGGGCGGGGCCCAGAACCUUUCAGCCGUUGGGGCAUUGGUGAGUCUCAGUAAUGCACGUCUUGGGUCCAUCAAAACUCGGUUUGAGGGCCUGUGCCUGCUGUCCCUGCUGGUAGGGGAGAGCCCCACAGAAAUGUUCCAGCAGCACUGCGUCUCUUGGCUUCGGAGCAUCCAGCAGGUGUUGCAGUCCCAGGAUCCACCCCCCAUAAUGGAGUUGGCUGUGGCCGUCCUGAAGGACCUGCUCCGUUAUGCAGCCCAGCUUCCGGUGCUGUUCCGGGACAUCUCCAUAAACCAUCUCCCUGGGCUUCUCACUUCCCUGUUGGGCCUCAGACCAGAGUGUGAACAGUCAGCAUUGGAGGGAAUGAAGGCUUGCAUGACCUAUUUUCCUCGGGCUUGUGGUUCUCUCAAAGGCAAGCUGGCCUCAUUUUUCCUGUCUCGGGUGGAUGCCUUGAGUCCUCAGCUCCAGCAGCUGGCCUGUGAGUGUUAUUCCAGGCUGCCCUCUCUAGGGGCUGGCUUUUCGCAGGGCCUGAAGCACACUGAGAGCUGGGAGCAGGAGCUGCACAGCCUGCUGGCCUCACUGCACAGCCUGCUGGGAGUCCUGUACGAGGGAGCAGAAACGGCUCCUGUGCAGUAUGAGGGCCCUGGAUUGGAAACGCUGCUUUCCCCCUCGGAAGACGGUGAUACCCAUGUUCUUCUUCGACUCCGGCAGAGGUUUUCAGGACUAGCUCGCUGCCUGGGGCUCAUGCUCAGCUCUGAGUUUGGGGCUCCUGUGUCCGUCCCUGUGCAGGAAAUCCUGGAUGUCAUCUGUCGGACCCUCAGUGUCAGUAGCAAGAAUAUUAGCUUACUUGGAGAUGGUCCCCUGCGGUUGCUGCUCCUGCCCUCCAUCCACCUUGAAGCCUUGGAUCUGCUCUCCGCGCUCAUCCUCACGUGUGGAGGCCGGCUCCUACGCUUCGGGGUCCUGAUCAGCCGCCUGCUUCCCCAGGUCCUUACUGCCUGGAGCAUUGGCAGAGACUCCCUCUCCCCAGGCCAGGAGAGGCCCUACAGCACCCUUCGGACCAAGGUAUAUGCUGUGUUAGAGCUGUGGGUGCAGGUUUGUGGGGCGUCGGCAGGAGUGCUUCAGGGAGGAGCCUCUGGCGAAGCCCUGCUCACUCACCUGCUCAGCGACAUCUCCCCACCAGCUGAUACUCUUAAGCUGCGCAGCCCCCGGGGGAGCCCUGACUCGAAUUUGCAAACUGGAAAGCCAAGUGCCCCCAAGAAGAUAAAGCUGGAUAUGGGUGAAACUAUCGCCCCGCCCAGCCACCGGAAAGGGGAUAGCAAUGCCAACAGCGACGUGUGCACAGCUGCACUGAGAGGCCUCCGCCAGACCAUCCUUAUGUGUGGGCCUCUCAUCAAGGAGGAUACUCACAGGAGACUGCAUGAUCUGGUCGUCCCCUUGGUCCUGAGGGUGUCCUCUCCUCCUCUUCCUCCUCCUCUCCUCGGAGCCCCCCCCCCUCCCCCCCCCCCCCCCUCCCGCCGUGAACUCUACCGUUUACUGCUGGCGCUGCUGCUGGCGCCAUCUCCACGCUGCCCGCCGCCUCUCUCCUGUGCCCUGAGAGCGUUCUCCCGUGGCCAGCAAGAAGACAGCCUGGAGGUCUCCUCCUUCUGCUCAGAAGCACUGGUGACCUGUGCUGCUCUAACGCAUCCCCGGGUUCCUCCCCUGCAGCCCAUGGGCUCCACCUGCCCCACACCUGCCCCAGUUCCCCCUCCUGAGGCCCCAUCUCCAUUCAGAGCCCCACCCUUCCAUCCCCCUGGCCCUGUGCCCUCAGUAGGCCCCUUGUCUUCCACAGGCCCCAUGCCCUCUGCAGGCCCCGUGUCCUCUGCCGGCCCCAUGCCCUCCACUGGCCCUGUGCCUUCUGGUGGCCCUAUGCCCUCUGCAGGUCCCAUGACCUCGGCACGCCCUGGACCUCCAGCUACAGCCAACCACCUAGGCCUCUCUGUCCCAGGCCUGGUGUCUGUCCCGUCCCGCCUCCUUCCUGGCCCUGAGAACCAUAGGGCAGGAUCAAACGAGGAUCCUGUCCUUGCUCCCAGUGGGACUCCCCCACCUUCUAUACCCCCAGAUGAAACUUUCGGGGGGAGGGUGCCCAGACCAGCCUUUGUCCAUUACGAUAAAGAGGAGGCAUCUGAUGUGGAGAUCUCCUUGGAAAGCGACUCUGAUGAUAGCGUGGUGAUCGUGCCUGAGGGGCUCCCUCCCCUGCCUCCCCCACCUCCCUCAGGCACCACACCACCCCCUGUACCCCCCACAGGGCCUCCAACAGCCUCCCCUCCUGUGCCAGCCAAGGAGGAGCCUGAAGAGCUUCCUGCAGCCCCAGGGCCUCUCCCACCGCCUCCGCCCCCACCUGUUUCUGGUCCUGUGACACUCCCACCACCCCAGUUGGUCCCUGAAGGGACUCCUGGUGGGGGUGGAGGCCCAGCCCUGGAAGAGGAUUUGACAGUUAUUAAUAUCAACAGCAGCGAUGAGGAGGAGGAAGAGGAAGAGGAGGAGGAGGAAGAAGAAGAGGAAGAGGAGGAGGAAGAGGAAGAUUUUGAGGAAGAGGAAGAGGAGGAAGAAGAAUAUUUUGAAGAAGAGGAAGAAGAUGAAGAAGAGUUUGAGGAGGAAUUUGAGGAAGAAGAAGGUGAGUUAGAGGAAGAAGAGGAGGAAGAGGAUGAGGAGGAAGAGGAAGAGUUAGAAGAGGUAGAAGAGUUGGAGUUUGGCUCAGCUGGAGGGGAGGUAGAAGAAGGUGGACCUCCACCCCCAGCCCUGCCUCCAGCUCUACCCCCACCGGAGUCCCCCAAGGUACCUCCUGAGCCAGAACCUGAACCAGAACCCGGGUUGCUAUUGGAAGUGGAAGAGCCAGGGGCAGAGGAGGAGCCUGGGGCUGAGACGGCUCCCACCCUGGCCCCCGAGGUGCUUCCCUCUCAGGAGGAGGUGGAGAGGGAAGGGGAAAGCCCUGCUGCAGGGCCACCACCUCAGGAGCUUGUUGAAGAAGAGCCUUCUGCACCCCCAACCCUGUUGGAAGAAGGGACUGAGGGUGGGGGCGAAAAGUCACCACUCCCACCAGAAACGGCUGCAGAAGAAGAGACGGGAACAGAGGCAGAAGCUGCCACUCUUGAGGAAAAGGAGCAAGAUGACACAGCUGCCAUGCUGGCUGACUUUAUUGAUUGUCCUCCGGAUAAUGAGAAGCCACCACCUGCCACAGAGCCUGACUCCUAGCCCUCUUCUACACUCCCCUUCCUUGAUUCCAAUAAAAUUAUAUCCUCAGAUGUCAA